AUGGAAUUCGUUGCCCCUAAGAUUAUUGAUGGAGAAAUGGAAAUCCAAAUUGAAGAGGAAGAUGUUGAAAAGGAAGUGAAAUUUUGGGAAUCUGCCCUUAUCAUGUAUGCCUUGGGUGUGGACCUCAGCAUGAAUGCGGUGAAACAAUUUAUGAGCAAGAGCUGGAAUUUUGUGAAAUUACCUGAUAUGUUCUAUAAUGAGGAAGGUUUCUUCAUCCUCAGAUUCCACUCAUUCCAAUACAAAGACCUAGUUUUGAUGAAAGGACCGUACUUAAUCCGUAAUAGACCAAUGAUGUUGCGUGAGUGA